AUGGAAAAAAUCACAAAGGGAGAAAUCCCAAGUAACGAUGUGAUUGUCAACCGAACCCUCAUCACGGCAGCGUUCCAAAUUAACAACGGCUUCAAAAUUGUAGCUGAGGCUGAGGCUGAACUCGUGGGUAUCCUCAACUAUACCCGCGACGAUGCCAACCUUGAUUUGCAUUGGGCAAAUAAAACAGCAAUGAAUGGCGAGACCUACCGGACCCAUAACUUCCUCGAAGCAGCAGCAUAUAAAUCAUCAUUGAUUCAGGCUGCAUCAACUGAAUUUUUUAAAGAAAAAUUUCUCACGUACGACUAUGGUGAGAUAACGUUGCAGACAAUUGAAAAACUCGAGAAGUUGGUCGAAAAUACUGGUAAGGAUGAACUUUAA